AUGAUUUGGAUAUUCAAUGAAUCUACUGGAUAUCUACUAUUAUCGAUAUUUAAUAGCCCUAUCUCGAGGUCUCACAAUACUAGCACGAUGUUUUCGAUCAACAAAGUGGUGAAUCCCUUUGGAUCACUUAUACAGAGAUCAUUUGUACGCCAAAUCACGAUCCUUGGUGGUUUAAAACCUGGUGAAGGCUCUAAGAAGAACUACAAAAGAUUGGGUAGAGGUCCAUCCAGUGGCAAAGGUAAGACUGCUGGUAGAGGUCAAAAGGGUCAAAAGGCCCGUGGUUAUGUAAAAUCAUGGUUUGAAGGUGGUCAAACCCCAAUCUUCAAAUUGUUCCCAAAGCUAGGGUUCACCAACGUAACAUCACUAAAAUUGAAAGAAUUAAACCUUGAUAGAAUAACGUGGUUCCACCAAAAGGGUCGCCUACAUUUGGAGCCAGGUGAAACCUUGACGAUGAAAAAGAUGAAAGAAAUCGGUUUGGUUACCGGCCCGAUCAAAGAUGGUAUUAAGAUUCUAGGUGAUGGUAAAUUCUCUUAUAAUCUUCCAAUCAAGAUUGAAGCUACUAGAGCUUCACAGGAUGCAAUUGAGGCAAUCGAACAUGCAGGCGGAAGUUUCACUGCUCGUUAUUUCAACCGUCUUGGUCUAAGAGCCCAUUUAUCACCACAUUGGUUCCUAGAAAAGUACGGAAGAGUUCCUCUACAAGCUAGACCCACAAAGAGGAAGGAUAUUGAAUAUUACUGUAACGAAGAAAAGAGAGGUUAUUUGAUUAUGGAAAAUGACCCAUACUAUCAACUUUUGCAGAAAUCCAAAGAUGAAGGCGGUAAAAAUUUGGUUGCUCGGAAGACCAAGAAGUCCAAGCUUGAGUUGCAAUUAGAGCAACUUGAGAACGAUUUUGCUCCUGCUUCUCCAAAUUCUGAAAUUAAAUCAAACUGA